AUGGCCGCAAAAGAAGAUGGCGAUGAAUUGCGAAUUGGUGAUUUGUCAUUCUACGACCCGUACGGGUUUGCUGUUUACAAACCAGGUUCAGAACUUGCAGAUGAAGAUUGUAGAAGUCAUGAAUAUAGGUAAGUAAAUAAUACAAAAUUAUUAAGGAUAUAGAUAUAAAUUUGCAACAGUGUACAAGUCAUACUUUGAUAUGUAUACAUACAUGUGUUAUCUUUUUAUGCCAAGGAGUCGUUACAUCUUUUUAUCUUUUUAUGCCAAGGAGUCGUUAAGCGCAAGCUACGUGAACUUUUCAUUCAAAAACUCAAUUCCGUUGCCCAUCUCGAAGAACUUGGCUGUUUUGCAUGCCGUUUCCUGCUUUACUGCAAUUGCUAUUUCUCCUAAUCGUCCAAGUUUGCUGCGAUAUAUUGUUUGUAACUAUGUUAAUUAAACUUUUAUAUUGUGUUAAUUUUAAUUUCAUUUUAAAUGUUACAUUCAAUUAAUUAUUGUAUGUGUGUAUUUUUGAAAUUUAUUUGUAUAUAUUUCUUUUAGUUUUAGAGGGCCAUGUGUUAGAAAACUCUUAACUGGGUUAAUCAUGUAUAUCUACCCUCUCAAAAUAAAGAACAUUGUAUUGUAUUGUAUUGUAUUGUUACCUUACACUAAAGGCUACUAAACAAGUAAACUUUUUGUCUACUUAUUAGUCCACUCCGGCUCCUUAGAUCCAUUUUUAAAAUGUCUAGGAUUGCAGAAGAUGUUAUUGUUCACUGAGAAACCAAACCUCUGGUGCUCGUGUAUUAAUCUAGAGUCAUAUUACGUAAAUCUUAGGCCCGUUUCAAACGUCGUGCUACUGCCGUGCCGAACUCAAUUGAUCGAAUUAAAUUCAACUUUAACAUGGUCUCUAUUCUACUGAAUUAAAUUCGACGUCUGAAUCCAUGUCGUGCUAGUGUCUUGCUGCAGUGACUGCAGUCAAGCGACAGUCGAGCCAGCUUAGCACAGCAAUAGCACAACGUUUGAAACAGGCCUCAAUUAACUCUUAAAAUUAAAGGGAACAAAAAACUUAGAUAUUACAUUGUGUAAAUUUCCUGUGGGGUUUGUGGGCAUGUUGUGGUUCAAUGUUUUCUUUGAUUCAACACAUUACCAACCAGUCUAGUCUCAGAUUCUGUGAAUAGUCAAUGUUCUGAGCCAAAAGUUAGAUAAAACUGAACUGGCAGGGUUGUCAGAAAGUUUUGAAGUAGACGGCUGAGUUGUCAAAGUAAGCGGCCAGUUUUCAAAAUUUUCAGACUAAGGAAUAUUUUGAGCACUCCUUGCCCAUGAACAGGGUUUCUGUUUGAGACAAGAGGGCUAAAAAUCAGGUGGAGAUGGUGAGGGAACAAAAUAAUGUAAGUAGGGGAAUGGGGGAGAACUAUUCUGCCCUUUUCCCCUUCGGAGUUAGCCCUCGCUCGCCAAUUUUUUCCCCUCUUUCCCCACCAAGGAACCUACAUGUAGUUCCAGGCUAAACCACACCAAAUGUACACCAGUGCUGGAUCCAGACCUUGAGAUGGGGGGAAGGGGGGGAUGGUCAGCCAAACCCUUAGAUAAGGGGGUGCCCGGUCUCCAAAAAAAUUUUUCCAGUUUGAUCCAAAAGUAAGGGAGGGGGGCCCAUUUGUGCCCCUCCUCUGGAUCUACCUCUGUACACAGUGAAAGCUCUCUUAAGUGGGUUAGACACCCAUGGGGUAUUGUUAGUACCUGCUAAAUACAGGGCUUGUUUUGGAUAAAGUGGAAAUGUUUGAAACAAGCUGAGCUAUUUGCAUGCUUAAUGCAAGGUAUCUGCUUAACAUUGCAUCCCCUUCAUACUAGUCUCACAUUUUACUCCACAUUAAUUUUUGUUAUUAUUAAAAUUUACAAAUGAUAAUGGUAAAUUAAUUUUGAUGCUUGGGCAUGCAUUCUCUUACUUGCUUUUUCAACUGUUUGUUAAUUAAACAUCUCCUAUUUAGCUUUAAUUCAGACAAUGACUGUUCCAAAGCAAAGGAAUAUUGGAUCAAAACUAUCAAAAACUGGGAGGAACGUCAAAUUUUCUCCCCCAAGCAGGUAAAAAUGUUCACAUUUAAUUCUGUAAAUACAAGUCCUCCUGAAAUCUUAAACCAAAAAGCAUCACAUAGUAGGCCAGCCUCUGCUUAUAUGCCCUGGCCAAUGUAAAUUGUUUGUUUUUGUUUUUCCAUUUUUGUAGCUGCGACGGUACAUCAAACAGGGUAUUCCUGUUGACAUGAGAGGAAAAGUUUGGAAUAAAAUGAUUGGCAGUCAGGCUAUCAGGGUUAUCUCUGCAUUUGAUUAUCAGGUAAAUAUUUGAAUUAAUCAACAAUAAUUUAUUAUUUUAAUCACAAUGUAAUUUAAUUAAACAUUACAGUCAUGGUAUCCAGGUACCAGCAGUUAUUCUGCUCAUACAUUGCAAUAAUUUUUAGUUUCUUCAAUCUAUUUGAAAUUUGCUUUGUAUCUUUUUUCAUUAUAUGAAAUAUCAAUGAUAUAUGAGUUCUGAAUAUUAAUUAUUAAUAUUAAUGCAUUCAACAACUUUUUGUGUGAAUUCGAUUGGAAUUCUCUAAUUUAUGCUAAUGCUAACUCGCUUACAAUGGGUUCCUACAAAAAUAUACUGAAUUUUAUGACAAGAGUUUUCCAAUAAAGUUUCGUCAAGGGAAAAACCUAAAAACUCUGCAUAAUCCAUUGCUUACAACUGGAAUCUUGAAAUCAAUUAAAGCAAAGUCUAGACUGUAUAAAUUAUUCUUCAGGAAACCAAGUCAUGAGCGUGAAUCCAACUACAAGUCAUUUAGAAAUAAGCUAACCUGUCUUGUCCGUAUCGCCAGGAAAAAUUUUUAUGACAACAAAUUGGAUAAGGCUAGAUCAAACUUAAAGCAAACAUGGAAAAUUCUUAAUGAAGUGAUUAACAGGCGUGUCGCUAAAUCACCGUAUCCUGCAAGCUUCACCAAAAAUGAAAUGGAAAUUAGCAAUCCUACUGACAUUGCCAAUAAUUUCUGUGAUUACUUAACCAAUAUAGGGCCAAAUUUGGCGAGCAAAAUUCCUGCCACAAAUUCAUCACCCAAGGAUUUCUUGAGCAGCUCUCUUUCUGAAUCCAUUUCAUUGCAACCACUAACGACCGGUGAAUUAAACAAUAUUGUUAAAUUGUUCAACGCCAGCAAAGCUCCUGGACAUGAUAAUAUAUCCACGAGGAUAAUUCAUCAGUCUUUCCAAAAUAUUGCGCAGCCUCUUGUAACCAUUAUAAACACUUCGUUGUCUACUGGUGUGUUUCCUGAAUCUCUCAAAAUAGCCAAAGUGAUUCCAGUUUUUAAGGCAGAUGACCCAACACUUUUUAGUAAUUACAGGCCAAUAUCAAUUCUUCCAGCCUUUCCUAAACUCUUUGAAAAGGUCAUGUACAACCGACUGAUUAAUUUCUUAAAUUUGCAUAUUAUCUUAUACUCGAAACAAUUUGGAUUCCGUAAUAAUUAUUCUUCUGCAUUAGCAUUAAUUGACUUGAUCAACAACAUAUCUUCAGCUAUCGACAGAAAUGAAACAACUUUAGGCAUCUUCUUAGAUCUUUCUAAGGCGUUUGAUACUAGUAAUCAUGAAAUAUUGUGUCAAAAACAGCAACACUAUGGUAUUCGGGAUACUGCUUUGACGUGGAUCAAAAGCUAUCUUGAUGAUUGGACUCAAUUUGUCCAGUUUGGAUCCCAUCGAUCUUAUCUGUGGAAAAUUUUAUGUGGCGUCUGCAGGGCUCAAUUCUUGGACCUCUUUUGUUUAUUAUUUACAUUAAUGAUCUUCCUAAUGUCUCUAGUCUCACUCAAUCCUUACUGUUUGCUGAUGACACAACCAUCUUUUGUUCCCAUAAAGAUGCCAACCACCUCGUUUCUAUUGUUAACAAUGAACUUGCAAAAAUAUUUAAUGUCCCUCUUACUCUGGAAAAUACUAUGAUCAAGCAAGUCACGGAGACAAAAUUUUUAGGUGUUCUUAUUGAUCAGCAUCUCUCUUGGAAACCACAUAUUGAUUUCGUCUCAAAAAAAAAUUUCGAAAAGUGUGGGAAUUAUUGCGAAAGCCCGCUUUUACCUAUCAUCCCAAACUUUGAUGACCUUGUAUUACUCCCUUGUAUAUCCUUUCUUAACAUACUGUGAUGUAGCCUGGUCCUCCACCUGCUGUUCCAACCUAAACUGUAUUUACCUUUUGCAAAAGCGUCUAGUGCGGCUCAUAACAAAAGCUCACUAUCUAGCAAAUACCGCCCCUUUAUUUAGCCAGCUUAAAGUCCUUGACAUAUUUAAUAUUAAUUCAUUUUCUGUCGCUACCUUUGUGUAUUCUUAUCACCAUAAUCUUUUGCUUAGUAGCUUUCAUGACUUGUUCUUAAGUAGUAAUCAAGUCCAUCAAUACGAAACUCAACUAGCCUCUCAGUAUAGACCUCAUUUUUGUAGAACAAAUAUAAAGCAAUUCAGUAUCCUUUACCGAGGACCUAAAAUCUGGAAUUCGUUGCCUGUUUCACUAAUUAGCUCUCCUUCUAUAUUUGUUUUUUAAAAAAAAUUAAAGAAUUAUCUCACUGACAGCCGAUCUGUUGGUUAAGUUUCUGAUCUUGUUCACUCUGCACUCAGCCAUGAAGUUAGUUCAUUAGGCAGUUGAAGGAAGCCUAUUAAUAUAAGCUUCAAGCUUCAUUAGUCUUCCUUGUCACAUUAAUUUUAUAAUUUAAUUAACAACUUCUAUUAAUGUUGUAUAAGGUUUUGUGAGUGACUAAAUAAAUAAAUAAAUAAAUACAAUAAAUACAAUAAAAUAAAAAAUUGCCACUACCCUGAGACAACUUUAAUUUAGUUUGCUUCAUUUUUUUUUCUUUGUCCAGAUUACUUUAGCUGAGAUCCGUCAACUCCUUGUUGACUUAGGAGUUAGUGAAUAUGGAGGGGUGAACUGUAUUUCAAGAUUGGGACAGAUUGUUGGUGAGACUACUGCUAGAACUAGAGAUUAGAACUAAUUACAUCUUGCUGUUCACUCAAAGUUGAUCAGCAACUAGAUAUUUAACAGUGUGUCUACAAAAGACAUACUGUUUGUUUGAUUAAGCUCCCAGCCUCGAAUUAGUACCCACCUCGAGUAAGCACCCAUCCUGUAGGGAGGAAGGUUAAUAAGCACACAGCCUCAAAUAAGUGCCACCCCCACCUACCACUCUCCCCCUUAAGAAAAAACUGAAGUGGACAAGGAGAGUACAGGUUAUUAUUUCUUUACUGCCUUAUUUGCCUUAUCAUCGACUGACACAUUUGCAGACAUUAGGUUGUAAGACAUCUAUAAGGCAACACCAGAUAGUUUGCUUAUUGACCUUCCUGAUAAUGAGAUAGAAAUCAACUAAGAGACUUCACAGACAAACUUCCAGUAAACAGUUAUAAUUCUGCUCUGGCACAUCUUCACGUUUUGUUAUUAUUUUACUCUCUUUUUUUUUUGGAAAAUUAACUUACUACAAGUUGCUGUAAAUAAUGAAAGCGCCCAACCUCGAAUAAGCACCCACCUUGAUUAAGUGCUCCCUUUCAAGGCCCAAAAAUUUAAUAAAGUGCUGAGGGCGCCUAAUCAAAUAAAUACAGCACAAUAGUUGCACUUGUGUGACUUCCAAAAUUAUGCUACUUAUACGUAAAACAUGUUCUGACAGGAAAGACAAGGAACAACAGCUGGCUGCAAUCAAAUCAAACAUGGGCUUUAAAGCAAAUUAUAAAAUUACAUUGCUUUCUUUCCUCCCUUUGCAAUUUGGUUUUCAAACUUUAUGCAAAUUCACUAAUUAGAAAAAAAUGAUAAAUUUUAUAACACAUUUUGGAGCUGGCUUAAGUCAGAUUGGUGAUCUACAUGUUUACAAGUAGUGUUCUCGCAGAUCAAAGAAGAAUGUUUGUGUUAUGAAUGCAUUAGUUACAGAACAGUUAUAACUGCACAUGUAUACAUUUUUAUUUAAACCUGGUAGUAAAAAGAAGACUGUUUUAAAAUAAUUGAACUAUAAAAAUUCUGCUGUUUUUGCAAUAAGCAAAUUAUGCAAUAGCAGAUGACUCACCUGUUCGUUUGGAUUGUAGGGUCACUGAUUGAAAACAAUAAAGAAAAUAUGAUUGACAGCCCUGAUACACUGAUAAUGACCAGGCAAUGGAAAAGAAAACUUCAUAAGCAGAUCACUGUCUUCAGGCAGAUCAUGUUGGAUGUUGGUAAGUAGAAAUCAUGCUGCCUUAAUAGUACAAUAAUUAGGUUGAUGCCAGCUUGAUACAUGUAGGACCACAUUUUAUUAGUUACUGGUGCCUAUGCUGUAAUUUAUAACAACUAAUAAUUUUAUUUCUAUAAUCUUAUAUCCUGAGCUCAUGGUGCAAUAUAUGGUUACUUGCUACAUGUUUAUAAACUUAAUAACUAGAACUUUGUGAUGCAAUUCUUCAGCUGUUUUAUCUUUCUUUUGGUAAAUACUAUCAAAGUGAACCAAUAGAGCUUCCUUUCUACCUUUUCAGUCCAAGUAACUAGUUGAAAAUGCCCAUUACUUUUGGCUGUUUUUUAAGAUUACCUACUAGGUAUGUUGGAAAACUGCCAAAAGUACUUGUAAAAAAUGUCUGGACUUACAAUGUACAUAAGAGAACACAGUAUCAUGUUGGCAGUGUCUUCUGACGCUGUAUGUCCUCCCCCAUAGUGUAUAUAUUUUUUAAGGUAUACCGUAAAAUUCCGAAAAUUAGCCCCGUGGCUAAUUUUUUUCAAAGACUCUUUUUGAGGUGCUUAUAUUCAGAGAGGCUUAUCUACGGAGGGAAAUUUGCGUUUCGAAAUCGAUUGGGCUAGCCUUAUAGUUGGAAGUAAAUUUACUGUUUUUUCUUUGUUUUACUUUGUAUUUGAGGGCAAUUUUCCAAGCACAAGUCCCCUGGGGGCAAUUUAACAGCAGGUUUUUUGCGUUACGAGUUUGGGGGGCUUUAUACACUAUAUUUGGGGGGGCUAAUUUUUUGGAAUUUUUUGGUACCCAGUACAUGUACAUGUACAUGUAUAUGUGCCAACAGUGGAGUACAGUUACGGUUACAGUACAGUGCGGUACAAUACAGAACCUCUUUUUCCAGACAGGUCUUUUCCAAGACACAAAAUGUUUAUACAAGGGACCUGUGAAGGAAAGGAAGGCCGAGCCGCUCUGUUUAGGGUCCUUGCAGUUUAUGCUUUGUAUAAUCCUGAAGUAUCAUAUUGCCAAGGUAAUCCUACUCAUGCACCCGUAGUUUUUUUUUUUGUGUUUGUCAUCACAAGUCCGGUGAUGCUUAAUGGGUUGUGUAUGACUUAUCGCUCAAGUAUACUGGAAGAAUUUCAUUAUUUUGACAGUAAAAAAAAUUAAACAAUGUGUCCUGAAUAGAAGACUGCAGCAACAUGUGUUGUGACAUAAGCAUUGUCAAAGACACGUUUUAUCACUGUGUCUACAUGAUAAAAGCUGCAUUUCAACAAAAGAGUCUCUAUCCAUUUUGGACCCUCAAGGAACUUUACUUAAAUGCAUUUAUGUGAUUUCCUGAACUUCCUUUAGAUCCAGACAGAAGGUCAAUGUACAUAAUAAUGAACAUCUCUUUUUCUUUCUUUAGGAAUGUCCUAUAUUGCAGGAAUGUUUCUUAUGAAUAUGGAAGAAGAGGUACUGUACAUUUCAAUAAUUGUCCAAAAAAAAAAAAAGAAAACUAAAAGUAAACCAUAAAGAUGCACGGCAUGUAUUUUAAAAGACAGGUGUGAAAAGCAAAACGCGUAGUACAGUACACUCCCAGGUUACAGACUUGAAUCAAACCCUUGUUUGGUAGAAUACGGGCUUCUUGGGUUCAAUACUGUAUGUCCCCUGCUUUUUUCAAGCAGCACGGUGGGCUCCUAUAAUAUUGAUAAGGGAAGAUGAACAGGGCAAGGUCAUCGGCUUAAAGGAGCUUUUUCACUCAAUUUAGUCCAAUUUUAGCUAGAUUGCUUAGCGAGCAUUAAUUUGGCAAAACUAAGAAAGUUAGUAGAAUGGUGGCAUUUGCCUUCCUGAAGUAAUAUUUGCAGUGAGGCUAAGGAGGAAAUAGAUCCGACCAUAUGCUAUUAAUAAUGGUUUGGUAACAUUGGUAACAUGUAGUAAACAGUUUUAGGAAAAGCUUGUUACUAAUCUUAUAGAUGAACCUUGCUAAUCGUAUUAAGUAAAAACAUCUGUUAUGGUUGUUAUACUCCAGAUAAAACAGUCGAGCUUUAUAAUUUGUCUUGUUUUCCGUUUUCAGGAUGCUUUCUGGUGCUUAGUGUCUAUUUUAGAACGACCAAAGUAUUUAGCUGGUUAUUUUAGCGACUCUCUUGACAAGUAAGUUGAAUAAAUACAAAAUUUUAUGCCCAUAGGAGUGAGCCACCACACUUGUUACUGCACAAUGAACAAUUCUAAUUCUUUACUGCUAUAUUUUCAUUGCAGAAUUCAAAGACACGCUGCAGUCUUUGAGAGACUGAUGAGACAAAGACGAAGUAAGCUUUAUAAACACUUGGUAAGUGGCAAGUACAACAUAUGAAGGAGAAAAUACCUAUAAUCCCCACCACCACCACCCAUCUCCUCAACCCCACCCUCACUCCAAAAAGCCGCGAAAGUUACUCAAGAUUAUUCGUAGACUUUGUCUUUUCUGCCUGAUUAGGAAGCGUUGGGUGUAUCUCCUUUGAUGUUUUUGACUCCAUGGUUCAUGGCUCUGUUUACUUCCCUUCCCUGCUGGGAUGCUGUGCUCAUUAUGUGGGAUCUCCUUUUACUGGACGGUAAGCGGCUCCAACAGAGAUGCCACUAUCCCUAGUUUUACCUCAAAGGUGCCAUUUUUGCACUCGUUGAGUACCUCUAAGUAACCCUCUUCCUCAAGGGGGCAGGGAGGAUCUUAAACUUCUGAGUUAAUAACCUAAUGCAUAACCUUUCAACGAUAAGAAAGAUGUCGAUUUAUUCUCCGGCCAAGGUGGGAACAAGCCAUAAUCGUUUUUGAGUCUAUAAAAUUUAUAAAACGAAAUGAAUCAAACUAUUCUCUGAGGGACUCGGUAAACAAACUUUUUGUCCCCUUUUCAAAAACUAACUACAUAAAUAUAGUUUUAGUUACAGUGGCGCAACCCUUUGGAACAGCUUACCCUGUAACAUUAGAGAGUCUGGUUCAUUAAAUCAAUUUAAACGCCUAUCUCUAAACACGGCAUUCAUGGAAAUCAGGUUUUUAAGUGGCAUAAUUUUAUUGUUGUUAGUUAAUGUAACGUUAGGAUUAGGAUUUUUAGGUUUUAGGAUGUUAGUCAUUGUAUUGGAAUUUAUUGUACCUGAUGAAUUUUUUUACCGUGUAUAAAUAAUGAUUAAAGAUUAAAGUCAUUUUCCCGAAUGACACGUGAACACAACCGAAGCUGAAAACCUCAACGGACGUUCCAUUUCUCCCCUCCUCAUUCUUAGUCGCUAAGUCCAAGGCACUUUUAAACAGUUUUCACGGAAUAGUUUUUUAUUCUUGCCACCAUUUAUCAUAAACUUUCUGUUAAACAAAUGCUUCUUUUUGAUGGUUAAAUAGAACCUAAUCCACCUGUGACACUGCAUCUGAUUUGGUCCACAGGCAUGUCAGUGAUCUUCCAAGUGGCGCUGGCUUUACUUGAUGCCCUUUCAGGUAUGGGUUUUCCUUUGCAAAAGAGUUAAGAUUUGGCCAAACAUAGAGUCGACUAAUCGAAGUCGUGUACAAAACUGAUAAAUCGUUUUUAAAAAUAAACCCACGGUCGAUUAGAUUCCCCUUCUUACUGGAAUACUUCGCGAAAGUGACUCUCUUUCUCUACCUUAUUGAUCAUUAAGGCAAGGUAAAAGGUUUGUUUAUCGUGGAACUGUCCUUAGCCUGCGUUGCGGGCGUUAAAGGGAAAGGGGGAAUUUUGGGCGCGCCCUAAUUCCCUUUCCCUUCCUUCGCGAACCCCUGCCACGCAGUCUAAACUGCCCUUAGCUUUUCCAGCGCAGUUACAGGCACUCCACUCCACUCCACUCCACUUCACUCCACUCAAAUAAUUAGAAACAAAUAAUCGAAAUAUAAUAUAACAGGAUUUAACGUUCCAGUUGGCAGGAGGCAAGCAAUUGGCUAUUUACAAGCGUGACCGAGGAUUUGAACUCGGGGAGACUGCGAACAAAACCAGCAAGUGCUAAUUAGUAAGUGAUGGAAGUGGAUCCGGCUUGGACCCCGAACUACCGAAUUCCGACCACUAGGCCGCGCCGCCCCCCCAGCCUCCUUACAAAAUUUUCUUUGGUUUUCGGAUUUUUCCAAACGGUCGUGCUUAUUUAUUUUUGUGGGUCAUAAAAUAAUGGUUGGGAAGUUGUUGAAAAUUCCUGCUUUCUAAAAUUUUUGUUUUCUUUUUCAUUUCCAGCCGAGAUUCUUCCACUAAAGGAAAUUGCGCACGUUUUACCAGUAUUACUUCGUCCCCCUGCAAAGCUGUAAGUUAUAGUCAGCAAAGUGGGUGGAUGAUGGGUUAAUAAGUAGCGGUGCAGGAAUCGUACUGUACUUCAUGUAGUAUGUAUUAAAAUACUCGAUGAAGAAAAACCUUAUCGCGCUGUCAUUUAAUUUUUUCAAUUAUUGUUUUCUCCAGUGUAACGCGUGAAGCCCUUGUUCAGGCCAUUUGGAAAGUAAAACCGAUUCAGAAGUGGGAAAUAGAAUCUAUUCAAGCCGUGCUUGAUGAAGAAAAAGAAGAACAAGGUGAGGGAAAGAUAAAUCUGUUAACCUUUAUCGUAGAUUGCAAGAAGUCAAAGUAGCACACUUUUUAACUCUCCUCAGCUAAAAAGAACAAACGACGUUUGAAUGAUCAAAAUGAGGACCAAAGAAGAAAAAGACAGCGAACAAUGAGCAACCAACUCCAGCAAGGUACAUGUAACCAAUAAGAUCAGUUGUCAGAAGACCCUUCUCCUUACACCUUACUUGCAGGCAGUCAUGAAAGUGAUAAUGCAAAGUUUAAUUCUCAACAUUUUUUUUUUCACAGAAAACACUGAGCCAUCUUUAUUUCAGCGCGUCGUUGGACUAUUUUCUUCCAAACAAGAAUCCGAAAUUCAGUUUUCAACCAAUGACAUUGAAAUGACAACUUUUAAAGUUGUCACCGGUCAGAGCCCUAAUAUGCUGCCCACGAUGUGCUGCUCAGCAGCAAACAGCCUUUUAAACACACCACGUCGGAGAGGUUUGUACAGUACAGCGUUAUGGUCGCCUGUGCGAAAGCAGCGUCAGCAUUCUGUUCAUAAAAAAUGCUCCAAAAAGCUAAUUUUUCCAUCAAAAGAUAUCAUUCUUUCACGCUGUAUACCCUCGCUUACUAGCAAACCGAUUAUAGUUGUACUGACAGAAGUAGAUAAUCGGACAAACUAUAUACUAUUCAAUAGCAGCACCACAUGUGAAGCUGGAUUUCCAUUGUCGCGUUAAUAAAACUAGUAUAGAGGCAAUGUAUUCCGGGAAGGUCGGGCGUAAACGUAAAAGUUGAUCCUCGCUCAACUGUUAACGUUUACUCGCGUACGCACAUAAAAAUUACGCGACAGUAGAAAUCCACCCUCAGUCAGUGAAAAUUAUUGGAUGAAAAGGAUUCCUCUGGUUGCAGUCAGAUUAUACUGGGUUGGGACUUGGCUGUCCUUGGAUUUUUUUUAUUUCCAAUAGCCCAAGUUCGAUAUUUUAAAAUUCUAACAUGACUCCGAGGCUUUAGGAACAAAAUUGCAAAUCAUUCACGAUUCCAUUGUCUCGCAUGUCCGAGACGAGACUUAAACACAAAGAAAACCAAACCAAUUAUAGAAAAAUGACUCGUGUAAGAAUUUUAAUACAUCGAACGUGGGCUUUUUGUUCAACAUGUAGUCCUAUUACAGUAGCGGAUCCAGACAUUCAGAUAAGGGGGGUGGGGUCCGGUCAUCCAGACCCUGAGAUAAGGCGGGGGGGGGGGCAGUCUCAAAAAAUAUAUGGUAUAAAAAUAAGGGGAGGCGGACCUUCCCUGGAUCCGCCACUGUAUUAUAUAUACUUGUAUCAGUACAGACAGUAAGUAGUCAGUCCGGUGUGUUGUUACUGUAUGACAGGUAGCCCUGGUAGAAGACCCUUCAGCCGGAACAGACGUCACCGUAAUUCUCCUUCUCGACGAGGGUCUAACAAUGAAAAAGAUCUAUUAAAAAGGCGUCACGUGGUGCACAAGAGAAUCGUGAGUAGUCCCGUUCGGAGAAGUCGGCGAUUGGCGGGACGACGAAGACCCGUGGGGGUAGGAGUAAGUAACGAUGCGCAUCACUAAUUACGGGUAAUUACCACAGGCGCCUGUGAUCACUAGAUGAGGUAGCACGUGAAGUGCAUAUAGAGUAAAUAUUGUGUUUUCAGAUUGGCGAAAAAGCCGUGGGGAAACACAAUUUUGUGUUUUAACUGUGAACGGGAUUCAGAGGUUUUAAAUACUUACAGUGACAGUAAUAACGGUGAUAAAACUGAUACUUAAACUUAAUUUGGGGUUGAAGAAGAAUACUAUAAUAGGAAUAAGGAACAUUUUCAAGGUGGAAUAGUGAAAUAAUGCCCUGGUAUGGGGUUGGAAUAGAAGAAUGACGAAAAUUGGAGUUGAAACAAAAGAAAGAUGCCCUUUUUAGGCGAGUGAAUUUUGAGACAAUUUUGAAAUAUCACGAGUGGUACUUAUGCCAAAUAUCACGUACGAAUCAUGCUAUCAUUUGUUUAUACUACUGCCCACAAAAGGUUUGUAAUGUUCACAUCUAUUUCAAAUUAAGCUGAAAUACCACUGCUCUAAGCCAAUCGAAUUGUAGAAAUUUCUCAUGUGGUAGUAUAAAAACUGUAAUUCAAGAUUAUUUUCAUUCAAACAAGAUCUAUUUCUUAUUUUAUUUCUUUGAUAUUUCUCCAGGUUACAGGCCAAUCUCCUAAGAGUUUAGUGAGAAGGUAAGUAGUGUUUAAACAGUGCAUUAACACAUUUCCUCACUGAAAGGAAUCAUUAACUUGUUCUGUUCUGAAAUUCUUCAGAUUUUAUAUUUUUAGUGACUCUAUUAUCUUCUUACCAAGUUUUCCUUGUCAUAUUCUAUAGUUCUGCCAGGAAUCACCACGCCUUCAAGCUGUUUAACACUCCUACACCCUUGAGAGGCUCCCAGGUGGGUCUUACAACUUUACAUCGUUUUGCUUGACUUUAGCCUGCGACUACAGCCGUCUCUUCUCGUUGCCUGACGCGCCGUUAGGGACGUUUGGGACGUCUCUAGCGGCGAGGAGCGUUGAAGGACGGCUAGCAUGACCUGUUGUGCUACAUUUUCUAUAAACAAGGGUGAGUGCGGCCUUCCGCGUACGACGCAUGACAGACUGAAAGUCAAUUUACCUUUGUGACUGUUUUAAAACCAAAUUCUUGUGUUUCUCAUCCCGCUCCCAGCAUGCAUAAAAGGCGUUAUUUCGCCAAGUACGUUAUCUGAUGCUUUGUAUUGGGCUAAGUAACGCAUGUGAGGUGGGACCCCCCGCCCAACACAACCUCUCUGUAUCACGCAAUGUUACCUUCUCGAGACUAGCCCGUGGCGUUAUUUGGCAGAGAGAGCAGAGUCGCUUUGAUCUUUCGUAAGGUUGAAGGAACUCUGCUAGCCGGGUGAGGAGAGGAUCAGUGGACGCCGUUUCAGCACCUCAACUUUUUCAGAAACCUUUCUAGUCAUGGUUGAAACCAGAAAUACAUAGUUAAACUUCAGUCCCAAAAUUUCCAGUCUAACAUCGACAAGUUUUCCUUAGGUUCGACCUCUUCGUCACCAGUCUCCAUCAUCAAGUGUGCCUGAUCCGUCGCCAAUGUCAGUCACGUGCCCUGGCACCUCGAUGUCCCCGGAUAUGGAAAUGAUUUCACUUGGACCCGCGGAGAAGAAACUAGACUUUACCGAGAGUUGAUUGGUUGACGGUUACGUGAUAUUGUGACAGCUAAUGCAGAGUGGCGGCUAUUAUCAAAAACAUGUCAGCUCUUUUCAUCUUUUUUCUUCAAUGGCACAUAGACUAGCUUAGCCUGCGUCACAGACGUAAUCUAAGUUCCGUCUGUGUACCAGCUGUGCAUGUGUUUUCUUCUUCUUACCGUAGACGGCAAUGUCAUCGGGAUUGUACUGGAGUUCGGUUAAAAAAAAUCAUAUUUAUGCACUAGGGGCCGUUCAUUAUUUAUGGGAGGGG